AUGAAACGAUUAUCAAUACCCCCACCAUCUUCUUCAAAACGAAAAUCAAGUAGUUCUAAUAAUAAAGAUGAUGAUCUUCAUGCUGCUAGACAAAUUUUAGAACAAUUGGAUCAAGAUACAACUAGUGUUUUACAAGAUAUUGAUAAAAAUAUAUCAAGAGCUAAUCAAAUUAUAAAUGAUAGAAUUAUACCAGCUGUAAAAGGUUAUGCAAUUGAAAGUCAGAAAGUUUGGGAAAAUGCUGGUUUUUGGAAACAUUUUUUUGAACAAAGUGCUAAUAUUGAAUUAAAUACUUAUGAAGAACCAAUUGAUAUAAGUAAAGGAGUAUUUACUAAAGAAGAUGAAGAAAAUCAAUCAGAUUCAGAUCCUUUAUUAAAAUUUAAAAAACCAUUAUUAAGACAUCAAGAUGAAGAAACUCCAACAUGGUCAACUGAUCAAAAGGCAACACCAAAAAGGAGAGAAAAAUCUGAUUUAUCAUCAAUUCAACAAAAACCAUCUCCUGUUAAAAUUCAUACCAUUAGACAAUCUUUAGAAGCUUAUCAUAGAUUAUCAGUAAGUCCCAAAAAACAACAAGAUUCUCAAAGAACUCCAUUAUCAACUAGAAGACAAACUGUAAUUCAAAAUAUUUUAAAUUCAUCACCAACAUUUCCCGAACCUCCAAUUUUAAAAUCUGAAAUUGGUACAGAAAAUAAUUCAAAUAUAUUCCAAGCUUCUUCUUCACCUAAAAAACCAAUUGAUUUACAAAAAUUUCCAGAUACUCCAAAAUAUAAAAGACUAAGUGGUGGUUCAAUACCAAAUUUAAAUAAAGAUGAUGAGAUUCUUGAACCUCCACAAUUGAGUGAUAAAGUUGGUGAAGGAACUGUUAGUUCAUCAUUAAAUGCACCUGAAUUACGUACAAUCAAAGACUCGUCAAAUAAAAGAAGAAAAACAAAUGAUCCAGAUAAUAUAUUUUUAGAAAGAAAUUCUCCUUCAAAUCAUUCAGAACAUUCAAAUCACUCAAAAUCAAGAUUUGAUGAAGCUUUAUUAAAUUUAAGAGAUCAAUUAAGACCACCAAAUUCUGGAGAUGAAGUUAAUGAAGUAGUUAAAGAUGUAACUGAAAAUGUAAAAAAAGAUGCGAGUGGAAAGGAUAAUGAUAAUUUAACAGCUGAAUUGGGUCCAUUAAGAGAAAAAUGGGAUAGGUUAACAAAUAAAAAGGGUUUUAGUUCCUGA